AUUGAUUGGCAUAUCAUUCAAGAUGACGUUCAAGCCCUUCAUCCUUCAUAUUUCUUAUCCCCUCAUUUUGAUGCGUUUGAGCCCCCGCGACCGACCUUGUCUUACCCCUCACGCUGAUCGCUUUAACCUUGCGAUGCCCUGUCUUAUGUCCUGUCGUCUUUUGUAUUCUUUACUGCACACUACACCCCAUGAGCGUGGUUCACUUUGCAUCUGAUACAGCCCCCCAUGUUUAUCGGCAUGUUACCCUAUACGGCGCAUUAUGGCUCACCAUUCACUCGUUCUACACAGGGGAAAGUCGCGGAACUGCGCCAAGAGCUCAACUCAGGGGGUAAGAAGGACAAAAAUUACUCAGCCAAGAAAAUUGCCCUGAAGAAGAUUGUCGCCAAUAUGACCAUGAGCAACAACGAUAUGGUUGCGUUGUUUCCGGAUGUGAUCGGCUGCAUGAAUUUGCCCAGCCUGGAGAUCAAGAAGAUGUGCUUCUUGUUUCUGGUGAACUAUUCAAGAAUCAAACCUGAAAUUGCGCUGAAGGCGCUCCCUAUCCUGGUCAACGACAUGGAAGAUUCAAACCCACUAGUGCGCGCUCUGGCGCUACGGACCAUAUCUUACAUUCACGUCCGGGAGUUCGUCGAGGCGACAGUCCAGCCCGUUAAGCGCUUAAUGGGAGACCAGGACCCAUAUGUCCGGAAAACAGCUGCUUUUUGCAUUGCCAAACUUUACGAACAUGAUAAGAAAAUGGUUGAGGCGUCGGAUCUGAUCGAUCGACUCAACAGUAUGCUGAGGGAUGAAAACCCGACAGUUGUCUCCAGUGUUCUUGCGUCUCUCGUGGAUAUCUGGGGAAGGAGUGAGACCAUCUCUUUGACUAUUGACUACACCAGUGCGUCGAAGCUGGUCUCGAUAUUGCCAGAUUGCUCAGAAUGGGGUCAAACCUACAUUCUCGAGGCCUUGAUGUCAUAUGUCCCCCAGGAUUCUGCCGAGUCACUUCUAUUAGCAGAGCGCAUAGCCCCUCGUCUAUCUCACUCCAAUUCCGCCGUUGUCCUCACCUCCAUCCGUGUCAUUCUCUAUCUUAUGAACUACAUCGCCGAUGAAAGACACAUCACCUCACUAGCGAAGAAGUUGUCACCGCCUCUGGUCACGCUCUUAUCCAAGCCACCCGAGGUGCAAUAUUUGGCACUACGGAAUGCGAUUUUAAUUCUGCAGAAGAGACCCGAAGUGUUGCGCAAUGACAUCCGAGUGUUUUUCUGCAACUACAAUGACCCCAUUUAUGUCAAAGUGACGAAGCUGGAAUUGAUCUUCAUGUUGACAACUAAGGAGAAUAUCUCGGUGGUCCUAGCAGAAUUGAGGGAGUACGCCACAGAAAUUGACGUUCAUUUCGUGCGCAAGGCCGUUCGUGCCAUCGGAAAGCUCGCCAUUAAAAUCGAGUCCGCAGCUCGACAGUGCAUCGACUGCCUCCUCGAGCUCGUCAGCGCCAAAAUUCCCUACAUUGUCCAGGAAGCUACUGUCGUCAUUCGCAACAUCUUCCGCAAGUAUCCCAACCAAUACGAAGGCAUUAUUGGGCAUGUCAUCCAGAACAUAGACGACUUGGACGAGCCCGAAGCAAAGGCCGCUAUCAUCUGGAUCAUUGGACAGUACGCGGAUCGCAUUGAGAACUCGGACGGCCUCCUGCAAGAUUAUCUGGCUACUUUCCACGACGAGACUGUCGAAGUUCAGCUGGCUCUCCUCACCGCAACCGUCAAGUUCUUCAUCCAGCGACCAACCAAGGGCCAACAGCUCGUCCCGCAGGUCCUCAAGUGGUGCACCGAGGAGACAGACGACCCCGACCUCCGCGACAGAGGUUACAUGUACUGGCGCCUGCUGUCCACGGACCCGACCACCGCCCGCCAGGUCAUCAUGGGCCAAAAACCACCUAUCAGCGCGGAAAGUGAAAAGCUGGAUUCGCGUACCCUCGAAGAGCUCUGCCUCAACAUCGGCACCCUAGCCACCGUAUACCUAAAACCAGUACAGCAAGUCUUCCGCGCGGCGCGCACACGACGCCUCCAGUUCAGUCCCGCCCUGCAAAGACCCAAGGACGAAAACGGCAACAGCGCCAUGUGGCAGUUCCCGCCGUCCCCAUCGGUCGUCGCAAAGCUCCCCGCCGCCGGCGCCGCAGCAACAGGCACUCCAGUCUCCAACACGCCGUCUCCCAUCUCCCCAACCAGCAGCACCACAGGCCCCAUCCCAGGAAACAUGAACGCCGCCGUCAACGCAGCAGACAGCUACUUCAACGGCGUCGGCACCCAGCAAAUGGCAGCGUUAGACCUCGGCGGCCGCAGCGACGGAGGAGCCGGCGGCGGCGGCGCGUCGCAGACACAAUACGUCGUCAACCAGAACCAGCAGCAGAUUUACCAGCCUCAGCUGGCAGGCGGGGCAGCUACGGGCGAGCUGUUACUAUUAUAGGUACGGAUAGUGUGUAUUAUAUUGAAAAAUUCUCCCUUGAUAUUCCGUUUGGUUGGGUUGUUAACUUUCCGCGGGCCCCUUAGCGAUACUUGUCGCCGACUUUGUGAUACCUCUUUUGACUUG